CGCCCGCACUGCACGAGUGGGAGGGCUGGGCUUCUCGUGUACUCCUCAAACUCUCGCGAGGCUUCGGGCGGCUUUCUUCCCGAGGGCGGCACCAGGGCCGGGCGGUGGGGUCCGGGUGCUCGGGUGAGGGGCGGAGCUGGGGGCAUGGCGUCUGGAGCGGCUCGCUGGCUAGUACUGGCACCCGUCAGGUCCGGGGCUCUCCGGAGCGGGCCUAGCUUGAGGGAAGAUGGCGAUGUCGCCGCCGCACGGAGCGGCUCAGGCCGGAGCCUGGUACCGUCGAGGUCAGUCAUCGUUACCCGCAGCGGCGCCAUUUUGCCCAAACCGGUGAAAAUGUCCUUCGGCCUUCUCCGUGUGUUCUCCAUUGUGAUCCCGUUUCUCUAUGUCGGGACACUCAUUAGCAAGAACUUUGCUGCUCUACUUGAGGAACAUGACAUUUUUGUUCCAGAGGAUGAUGAUGAUGAUGACUAACAGGUAAGACGUGCUUUACCCUAGAUGGACCAGGAAGCAGGGUGGAGCAUCUGUCUGUGAUGCAGUCUGGCCUGGUAGCAGCAUUUGGACACUGGGGGCAGAAGCAUUAAUGAAUUGACCCACUUGGUGGCUAAUGUUUUCAUUUGUUUGUUUGUUUGUUUUUUGAGACAGAGUUUUGCUCUUGUUGCCUAGGCUGGAGUUCAAUGGCAUGAUCUCGACUCAUUGCAACCUCUGCCUUCCAGGUUCAAGCGAUUCUCCUGCCUCAGCCUACCGAGUAGCUGGGAUUACAGGCAUGUGCCACCAUGCCCGGCUAAUUUUGUAUUUUUAGUAGAGACAGGGUUUCUCCAUGUCAGGCAGGCUAGUCUCAAACUCCCGACCUCAGGUGAUCCACCCACCUUGGCCUCCCAAAGUGCUGUGAUUACAGGCGUGAGCCACUGCGCCCAGCUGACUUCAUGUGCUCUAAUAUGUGCUGCAUGGCAUUCUGUCAGAGAUGAGGACACUCCUGACUCCUUAGCUUGGCAUUCAAGUCUUGCCAUAAUCUGGUCACACCUCUUAUUCCAGUCUCAUCCUCCAUAUUUCCAGCCACACACCGAUUUCCAGUAUUCACCAUUCCUUGAGUUUUCACACUCAUACCCACCCCCAAACAUUGGCUCAUUGUUCUUCCCACAUGGAAGGCUCCUUCCCAGAGCUCUGGGUGUUAAUUCCACCCAUUCUACGUGUCUUUGAAGUCUUCCUUCCUCCUUUCAUUUGAAAGUUGACGGCUCCUUCCUCUGAGCAACCAGUACCUCUCUUCGAAUACUCGGUAUUAUGUGGCUAAACACACACAAACCAAAAUUUUACUAGACUCUGAGCUUCCUGCUGGCAGGGGACGUUUUUUAUACAUUUAGGCCCCCAGUGCCUGGCCCCUGGUGAAUGCCCAGUUAACGUGCGCAUAAACAAUCAAACGUGCUCAAAGCUGCCUUUCUCCUGCCAUGUUUGAUAGAAGCACUUUGUGGAAUUCUUUCAGUCUGCGGAUGGAAGACUAUGCUGUUGUCCAGUUCACUGCUGCUUUCCUUUCUUCCAGGAAUUACAGAAAGGAGAAAGCACUAACUGAAGAAAUGGUGAUGCUCUCAGCUUCUCUGCCUUCCCUAUCAGCAGAAAGGCUCAGGGAAGGCCCUCAGCCUCCCAGUCUGGUGAAGCUUCCUGUAUGGUCCAUGACCAUAUCCCACCCCAGGCUCUGGGAGGCUCCCUGAGAUGUGCUGUCCACUAAGCACUGCACAAACAAGCAAUCAAAUUAUGAAUAAACAUAAUAUCAGCUGUG